CAAGCAGCUGACAUAACAAAUUAAUAUACUUGUGAAUUAUUUAAUUAUUUGUUUUUUUUUAAUCAAAAUCUUUUUCAAAAUGCCAUUUUAUAAUAAUUUGACUAUUUUUUUGGUAGUAAUUUUGAGUGUUUGGCUAUUUGGUUAUAAUGUUCAAGGAUUGAAGUGCCAUUGUGACAUCUGUAAGGACACGAACUACACAUGCGAAACGGAUGGAUUAUGUUUCACGGCAACAUCAUUGAAUAAAGGAGUUAUGGAACGUGUUUACCGAUGCUAUGAUAAAGCGAUGCAUUUUCCUCCCGGCAAUUCAAAAUGGUGUAACUAUACAGUACAAGAUCACACUAAAACACAAAUUAUUUACCAAUGUUGUGGUCUUUAUGAAUCAUGCAAUUUGGAUCUACAAAUUACGCCAGAUAUGAUAUUAACCUCAGUUGUAGAAAAUGGUCGAGGUAAUAAUGAAAAACCAUUAGAACAAUGGCAAACAAUAUUAGUAAUAUCAUUACCGGUAUUUCUAAUUUGUCUAUUAACAAUGGUGGGUGUAAGUUUAUGGCAACAACGUCGUGUUACGCAUCACCAACUUGGCCAUGAUGACUCAAUUGAAGCACCAGAUCAUCCAAUUCUUGGGGGUGUUUCAAUACGUGAUAUGAUUGAAAUGACUACCAGUGGCAGUGGUUCAGGUUUACCAUUACUGGUUCAACGGAGUAUUGCACGACAAAUUCAAUUAAUUGAAACGAUUGGCAAAGGACGUUUCGGUGAAGUAUGGCGUGGCCGUUGGCGUGGUGAAAAUGUUGCUGUGAAAAUAUUUAGUAGUCGUGAAGAACGUUCAUGGUUUAGAGAGGCUGAAAUAUACCAAACUGUUAUGUUACGACAUGAAAAUAUUUUAGGAUUUAUUGCAGCAGAUAACAAAGAUAAUGGUACAUGGACUCAAUUAUGGUUAAUUACUGACUACCAUGAAAAUGGUUCAUUGUUCGAUUAUCUUGGACGAUGCACAUUAGAUACAGCUGGUAUGAUACGUAUGGCAUUGUCUAUUGCUACAGGUCUUGCCCAUUUACAUAUGGAUAUUGUAGGAACACAAGGAAAACCUGCAAUUGCUCACAGAGAUUUAAAAUCAAAGAAUAUAUUGGUAAAAUCCAAUGGCACAUGCGCUAUUGGUGAUUUAGGUUUAGCUGUACGUCAUGAUGUUGCCACCGAUACUGUUGAUAUUCCAUUAAAUAAUCGUGUUGGUACAAAACGAUAUAUGGCUCCAGAAGUAUUGGAUGAAACAAUGAAUAUGUCACAUUUUGAUUCAUUCAAACGUGCUGAUGUAUAUGCAUUAGGUUUAGUAUUGUGGGAGAUAGCGCGUCGAUGUAGCGUUGCUGGGAUGUACGAUGAAUAUCAGUUACCAUUCUAUGAUGCUGUACCACCAGAUCCAAGUAUUGAAGAGAUGCGAAGAGUUGUAUGUUAUGAUAGGCAAAGGCCAUCUAUACCAAAUAGAUGGCAGAGUUGUGAGGCUUUACAUGCUAUGUCUAAAGUUAUGAAAGAGUGUUGGUAUCACAACGCAGCGGCAAGACUGACUGCACUACGGAUUAAGAAAACAUUAGCGAAUCUAGGUGCAGCUGAAGAAUUAAAAUUGUGAAUUUAAUAUAUUAUUUGUGUGAAUAUAUACAGAAAAUAUGUUGUGUGCGUAUUUUAUUUUAAAAGAAAAAGUACUGUUUGUAUAAAAUUAAGUAUGUAGUUUUCAAAUAAUUCAAUCAACAAACAACAAAAUAGACUUUAAGACAACAAACAACAUAAAACAAUAGUCAGACGUAGUAAUUGACAGUCAUUUCAGAACAGCUGGAAAGUUAAGUGACUGUUACCAAAUUUCAAUACAUUUUCGUUCUUGGUGAUUUUUCUUCCAGGGUGCCUUUUGGUGUCCGAUAUGGUUAAGAAGGCCCUACACUCGAUGCGCGCCAGUUCGUGUGCGAUGGACACCAUUUAUAUAGCAUCGAUACAAAUGAUGGACCAUUUUAUGUACAAUCAUAUGGUCUAAGCGGAUAUCUCGAACUUUUGCUUUUGUAGUUAAAUAAUUUUGAGCCUCCUGCAAGUGAAAUCUUCGUCUAUGGAAAUGUUGCAGGAAGAAUGUAUGUCAAAUACUACGCCUGACUAUAAACCUGUAAAUUAUAUACUCAAAUUAUGAAAUGAUUAAUUAACCAGUGGUUCCCAAACUACUAAUUAAAUAACAUAACUGUUUAAACACAUUUUUAUUUUAUAUCAAAUUUAUAGAU